AUGGCGGCUCAAAGUUCCCAAUUUCAAGAGGAGACUAGAAGUAAUCUAAGAAACACGGGUGCUUCGGUAAAGAAUCUGGAAAUGCAAAUGAGUCAGAUUGCUCAACAACUCGCGGGUUCUCAAGCACCGGGUGCAUUACCGAGUGCUACAAUUACAAAUCCAAGAGAGCAUAAUAAUGUGAGUGUUGUAACCACAAGGAGUGGUAAAUCGAAAGAAGUCCCUGAGAAAGAUGACAAAGAAGAAGACCAAUUGCUUGAAGUUGAGUUGGAAAUAAAAGAAAAUGAGGUUGUGAGUGAAGAGGUGGUGGUGCCUAAACUGGUGGUUAAAGAGAAAGAUAUUAUUUCAAAGAAGAGGAGCAUCGAUACCGACCCUAUUGUACUAACCGAAACUUGUAGUGCAAUUUUGCAAGGUAUGAAGAUUCCGGUGAAGAAGAAAGAUCGAGGCUCGGUAACUAUCCCUUGCACUAUUGGGGAUAAAUCUUACAUAAAUGCCCUUAUAGACUUGGGGGCAAGUGUGAGUCUCAUGUCGUUAUCCAUUUACAAGAGGUUGGGGAUCGGAAAAAUGCAAGAUACCAGAAUGACACUUCAAUUUGUUGACACCUCUCUUUCCGUUUAUUGA